AUGAAAUGGGUGUUGUGUUACAGACUACCAUUGACCUUCUCAACCAGGUUUAGAUGUCUUUUGUUGACACGCUUAUAUCUGUUGAUAAUUGUUCUACAAUGUCAUGGUCAGACUUGCUGGAGGAAUGUUUCUUUACUGAUACAGAUAUGGUGACUAUUCAAACCUACCGUGGUUGAAUGUUGACGGCAUACUAUUCAAAUGACGUACGGCAUACAACCUCUUGAUGUCUGUUCCAAUUGGUGCCUGAAUCAUUUGAUGGAGUAGAACUAUGAUCACACAGAACUAAUUGCGCACGGGCUUUGCACGGCCGUACACAGUACCUCGAUGCUAACACAACAUUAAAUUACAUUUCGUCAUUCAAGUCGAAUGCUAGAAUUUUCAAUCUUGUGUGGAAUCUGCACACCUUAGAGAGUUCUCUUGUCGUGCUUUCAGUCUUCUAUGGGGGCUGCUUUUCCUGGCUUGAACCUUCACAGUGACGUUUUCACACACCGGAGAACUUCUGAACGAUGACCAUUGAACCAGAAUCAGCGUGAAGUAGUUAAUCAUGGGCAUGAUUAACGAGUUCUAUCCUUGAAGGAUGGCUGCAAUAUGUGAGCUUGUUUAACCUGACAUUUCGAAGUGAACUCGGAUACUCCAGAAGUUCAACAAUGUGCUUGAAUCAAGUUUUGUGAACCAUUUCCUCUACGCCCUUUGGCAGCUCCUUGCAAAGUAACUGGUGCAAACGCUCAACAUAAAUGCUGUUUGUACUUUCAAACAGAUUGACGUAUUCUUUCGUCAUUUGAAUAGUAUGCCGUACGCUGUCUGGCACACCGGCAUUCGUCAUUUCUCGCAGGUCGAAUUUUACUCAAACGUCAAGAGCAAUCCUUGUUCACACCUCUAAGUUUAUGGAAUAUCGGUGGUUCUUGUACUUGAAGAGAUUACGUCGUGAGGAUCGAGGCGGGGUUUGCUAUGCAGUAUAGUUCAGCGCACAUGAUUUAUCCAGUGUCAGUUGUAGAGAUAUACUGGUUCUCGUCCAGUAUCAUUCGGACGGUGUUCAUUCACUACAUUGUAUUCUGCAGUCCGAGAGUUCUUCCGCUGCAAUUGUGGGGAGGUUGUAUUAAAUUUGGAACAGUGAGGCGAUCACUUUGAUUUUAGGUUUUGGUGCAGCGAUUGGGAUGGAGAGGAGAAGAACCGGUUUGGGGGAGAGGAUGGCUUAAUAGUGAUUGAAUUGAGACUGUAGGUGUUGGGGGUGAGAGGGCGAUGCGAAGAGGAGCUAUGGCGGAGGGCGGCAAUGAUGGUGAUCGCAAUUGGUCCAUGUGGUUACGCUUGCUAUCUCAUUCCGUGCGAGACACUGCUGGGUCUACGUCUGCUGAUGACACGACUGUUCUUCGAGCUGUCAAAAACUUGCAUCGACUAUGUGCCAAGGGAGAACAAAACGAUGAUUUAGUUGGCAGGGUGUACCCACAUCUUGUAAAGAUCUUUAAUCGGUGCUCCGCGUCAUUGUUGUCUCAGAAAGCAAGCACUGGUUUACUUCUUCUGGCUAUCUUGCAGUUUUUCUUGGACUUUGGCGAGAUUGUGUUACACGAUUCCGAUCCAAGUUUGCGCACCUUCUUUCGCUCUUGUCUGAGUAGGCAAUAUGCUGAUGCUACUGUGGCUGCUGCCACCUUGAAGUUUCUGAAUCAAAAUAAAGCAAAAUUGGUGGUUGCACACCCUGCUUUACUUCCACAGUACUAUCCUCUCCUCCUGAAACUGGUGGCUUGGGGAAGCAGCAAGCUGGAUCAAGCGUUUACGGAUCUUUUGCCAGCUUUAACUGGACCCUCCUCCUUUCUACCUUUGUUUCCCGCGCUACUUGACCUCCCCACUUUGGUAUUAGCAUUGGAGAAUAUACAGUCCAGUUCCGGAGCUGCACCAGGGACUUCUAGUGGCAGUAAAAAAAGCCCUGCACCCGAGGUUUUGCUUGCGUUGAUGGACGAAGCAUAUACGGGAUCUGUAAUAGCUGACAGUCAAGGCGAUGAUGGGGCUGGUGCCAAGGACGAACCCGAAGCAUUUUUUGCAGACCUGCUCAAAGAUGAGAAUGAGGGCCUAGCGGAACGUCAUUGGUCAUUUCCAGGGAUGGCAGCCGCACUACAAUCAUUGGUAGGGUCGAGCCCUUCAGAACGGCUGCAGCAUGCUAUGACAUUGGCACCCAUAUUACUUCAUAUUUACUUCACCAUAGCAUUACGAGAUGUAAAUGACUUGUGGAUUGUAGAGAUGUUGUUAAUGCCAAUUUAUCGGUUUGAAAUCUGGAUGUGUCUCGUCCAGGCACAAAAAUUGCUGCUUGAGUUUGUGCUAGCCGCAUUUCAGCAAUCUCCUCACUUAGUAGCCGUCUUGAAGAAACCGAUAAUGGAUAGAGUUGGGCAACUACAUACCAGUACAGCAAAGACAGAGCUCGCACUUCAAUUAUGUUGGGCAAUAGGUGAGCAUAGUGGAGGCGACUUUGGUUACAAGGCUGCUGCCCGUGAGCUUUUUGAGACCCUUGAGCUACUUCUUUAUGAGAAUCUUCCUUCAAGCCGCAUGAAGGGGACCGACAAACGAAACGAUGAUGCCUUCAGGGAAUCGGCUAUUUCCCAAUCCCGCUUGUUGUGCUCCGUGGUCACAGCCAUUGCUAAAUUGGCAACAUGUCAUAGAGAACUUUCUCCAAGACCUCGUGUUUGUCUUUCUAAGGUUGCUCGGUCUCAGCAAGUAUUGGACAUAUCUAUUUGGAGAAGCGCACACGAGUUCUUGGGGCUCAUGCAUAAGCCAGCAAUGUGCUCCUCUAUACUGGGACCACCCUCUGGCUAUCCUAAUCGCCCUGGUAGCGUGCAAUGGAGUGAAGGUGGCACCAAGGCGGUCGCUUCCAUACCCUUCUACGCGCUUGGGGAGAAAGCAGGUCCUCCAUUCCAUGAUUUCUCGCUUCAGGACGUCAUUGGUAAAUCGGAAGCAAGAUCGAAGUUUUGACGGCAAUGUGUAAUAUUAACCUAAGGAAGAGUAAUACCAGGAAGUGAAUUUUAAAGCUGCCUAAUAGUAUAUAGAAUGGGUUACUAGUUGAUAAAGAACAUAUUGUUACAAAUGAGAUGUUUCACUUUCCCAGAUAAGAUGCACUUGUAAACCCUUCACCCUGAAUACCCGACUGAAAUGCGUAUUCCUUCCUUCUAGCUAAA